CCUCGAUCCACCCCAGCGAGACGAUCCCCGCAUUUUCAAACCCCUUUCUCUCCCAGUUAGCGAAUCAAGAUGACGAACAAAGGUUCUUCUUCCUCUGGCAAGGGAUACAGCUACACUGGUAGCGGUACCAACUCCCAGGGCAACCACUACUGCUCUCGUCAAGGCGAUGACGGUGGUCGAGGAUACCACUACUCCAAUACCGAUGGAAGCUACUACUACCAGAACACCAACGGUUCCACCUACUACAACAGCGGAACUGGAUACUCCCAGUAUACCUCGCCCAGCGGUCAGACUUACAAGUCGACCGGCAAGUAAUGUGGCGAUUUUUUAUCCCAGGUCAUCGAUGGCAAUGGAGGCCUUUUGUUCGUCGCGUGUCUUUAUCAUCGUUCCCUUCUGAGCACCUCAAGUGACCUUUGAAUUUGUAUCAUUAGUCAAGCAUUAAGUAAAGCCAAAUGUCAUGUGUAUAAUAUUCGCCUCAA